GGAUUCAGUCAAGAUUCAGCUGAGCAUAGAAACCACGUGCGUUAUUCUGUAAACAUUUUCAGACUUCAGGUUGGAAAAUCGAAUUUGGUUGCUAUAGAAGCGGUAAAUGGAAUUUUGAUUAAGAGGGGCAGAGCUUAGUUACAUUGAAGCCAUGACUGGGAUUAUCAAAACCAUUACCGAGGACCAAGAAGUGCCGGACUUUUCCGAAGACUCCGACGACGAAGAAGAGUUUCAACCCAGCAAGCAGAGGAAAACAAAGAACUUGGACUUUGAUUCAGAAUUCAAAUUUGUGUCCAGUGUGUCCGAGUACAACAAAGAUUCUUGGGACGAUGUGUCUAAGUAUGUGAAAAGGAAAGCUAAAAACAAAUUGGACGAUAAAAUUGCCGAGAAGAGGAGGAAGUUUAAGAAAAGCGUCACUUCUCCCGAUGGCACAAUUGAAAUAAAAGACGAGGAUGACGAAGAAGGAGAAAAUAAUGAGCAAGAAGAUGAUAACGUUGACGAGGAGGACGACAGCGACGUUCUUUCUGAUGAUGAUCUCAAGAGAGACACAAUCAAAGAGAAAAUUAGAAAAGGCAAGAGAAAGGUAGAGCCAGAACUUCAAAUUUUUGAGGAUGCCCCUACAACUGAGGAGCAUACAUCGUUUUAUCAAAUGAACUUAUCUCGGCCACUUCUGAAAGCAAUUGCUGCAAUGAAUUUUGUCCACCCGACACCAAUUCAAGCUUCAGCAAUUCCUGUCGGACUUCUAGGCAGAGACAUUUGUGGCUGCGCGGCCACAGGAACAGGAAAAACAGCAGCGUACAUGUUGCCGACCCUUGAGAGGCUCCUCUUCAAACCAAGAGGAUCUGCCGCUGUUACACGAGUGCUGGUUUUAGUUCCUACUCGAGAGUUGGGUGUCCAAGUAUACCAGGUGUCUAAGCAAUUGUCCCAGUUUACACAAGUUGAAAUCGGACUGGCUGUUGGUGGUUUGGAUGUCAAAGCUCAGGAAGCUGUGCUCAGGAAAAAUCCUGACGUUGUUAUUGCAACACCUGGACGAUUGAUUGACCACUUGAAAAAUACUCCAUCGUUCACUUUAGACAGCAUUGAAAUUUUAAUUUUGGAUGAGGCUGACAGGAUGCUGGACGAGUAUUUUGCUGAACAGAUGAAGGAGAUUGUUAAGCAGUGCAGUCGCACCCGUCAGACAAUGCUAUUUUCAGCUACUAUGACUGAAGCUGUCGAAGACUUGGCUGCAGUUUCCCUGGACAAACCAGUCAGGAUUUUUGUUGAUACCAACACAGAAGUGGCGCUCAACUUGCGACAAGAAUUCAUUAGGCUUCGAGAAGGAAGGGAAGGGGAUAGAGAGGCCAUUCUUGCUGCUUUGAUUUUGCGAACAUUCCGUGACCAUGUGAUGGUUUUUGUCCAAACGAAGAAGCAAGCACACUACCUGCACAUUGUGCUGGGGCUUCUGGGGGUCAAAGUUGGAGAAUUGCAUGGAAAUCUAACACAGCCUCAGCGUCUUGAAGCUCUGAAGAAAUUCAAGGAUGAAGAGUUGGAUGUUCUUGUUGCCACUGACGUUGCUGCUCGAGGUCUGGAUAUCAGAGGAGUGAAGACGGUCAUAAAUUUUGUAAUGCCAGCAACCCUUGAGCACUACAUUCACAGAGUUGGCCGUACUGCUCGUGCUGGACGCUCAGGAGUUUCGGUUUCUCUAGCUGGUGAGGCAGAGAGAAAGCUUGUUAAAGAAGUGGUCAAGAAAGCAAAGAACCCAGUGAAGAGCAGAACCAUCCCUGCUGAGAUCUUGGACAAGUACAGAAAGAAAGUGGCAGAAAUUCAGCCGGACGUGGAUGAGAUUAUGAAAGAGGAAAAGGCCGAAAAGACCCUGGAGUUUAUUGAAAACAGAGCUAACAGAGCAGAGAAAAUUCUUAAAAAUGAUAAGGCUUCUGACGAACAAACAAGGAGUUGGUUCCAAACUAAGGAUGAACGCAAAAAAGAAAAGAAGCGCUUGCAGCUUGAAGAGAAGAUGCCUGGCCCUCAAAAGAAAAAGAAGAAAGAUUCUGAUGAUGAUGACGAUAGUGAGGUAGAAGAGAAGAAACCAAAGGAAACAAAGAAAGGAGGCAAAAAGAAAGAAACAGCCGAUGACAGAGUCGAGAAAGAGUUGCAGAAAGUAAUGCUUCUCCAAGCUCGUAUGGCAAAGAAGAGCCAAAAGCUAAAACGCAUCAGUGCUGUUGACGAUUCCAACGGAUUUUCUAAAGGAAAAUUGGGUGGAAAAGGCAAAAAGAGAAAAUCAUCCUCGUUUGAAAAUGACCUCACCGACACAAGUCGUAAAGGCGUCAAACAGGCUAGAUAUGUGGCAAAUGCGCAGCAGAAAUUGGAAGAAAGGUCUCGAAAGAAAUUUGGGAACACGAGUAAGCCCGAAGGAAGAGGAGGCAGUUCUAGAGGACGAGGUGGCAGUUUUGGAGGGAGAGGAGGCAAACCUGGAGGACGAGGUGGCAGUUCCGGAGGAAGAGGAUUUAGUUCUGGGGGAAGAGGUGGAAAGUCCCCAGGCAGAGCUGGAGGAAGGGGAGGGAAGCAAAGAAGAUAAACCUGUUUAUAAAUUACUAUAAAUAUAUAUUCUCGUGCAGAAUUCAAACUUAUCAAAAAUAUUUCAAUCAAUAUAUCA